AAAGCCUAAAGACUCACUUAUUUAGCCUCCAGUACCCUCUCUUUCUUCUCUGCUCAAAGCUCACUCUACACUCCAUUGCCCUUCUUCCCUUGGUUGCAUUCUUCUCAGCUAGCAGUAGCAUCUUAGAACACAACUACACAAGGCUGGCUUAUCGCUCAUCAGCUGCAUAGUAGAAACACAUGGGGAUCCAAGAGGUGAAGAAGCUGUUGCGUAAUCAGCAUCGCCGCCAUGAUGCGCAUGUGGAAGUGAAAGACGAAGACCGCAGCCAAGACGGAGCCAAGGUCUGGGUCCUGGGCAUGUCCGGGAUCGGCGGGAUCGCCCUGCCGCUGCAGCAGCUCAAGCCCGUCAAGACAGGCGGUCGCCGGCGACACGAUGCCGACGAGGAGCGCGACGGCGGCGGGGAAAAGGGAGAGGAUGAGGAGCCCGUGACGCCGAGGGGGGAAGGGUGCAGGAUACCGGCGGAGGCGGCGACGUGCCCGCCGGCGCCCAAGAAGCCCAGGACGGCGGUGUCGAUCAUCAGGAGCGGCGCCGGUCGCCGGUGCAACUGCGACGACGGCGAGGUGCUCGACGAGUUCUUCCGCGUGCCAGCGGAUUUGGAGGCCGUCUUUGUCAGCCGAGCUGCCAAGGCGAAUUAGCUGCCAGCGCCGCCGGCCGGCCUUGCGCGCGUGUCAGUGUAGUGCUUGAGUCCAAGCAGUGAUCGAGGUCUCGAGCAAGAGUGAUGCAAUGCAAUGAUGCAUCGGUUGGUGCCUUGGUGGGUGCGUGAGUGAGAGUGAUAGAGUGAGUGCAGCUGUACAAAUUCUCUUGUAGCACAUGUUAAUGUGAGUCUUAAUUUUGUGAAA